UUAUUAUUAUUGUUAGGAAAAACAAAACUCCUAAAGUGGUAAACUAUACAUAUUUAGUUAAGAAAAAUAUGAUCCUUAGCUUUUUAUAAUAGUCUCCCGAAUUGUUCUCUUCGAAUAAACUGAUUCAUUUACUUUAUGUAAUACAUAAAAUCUGUACUAAGCCUUCUAUAAUUCCAAAAUGUCGUGGUCUCAAAUUACACCUCGUGAUCCCAAUUUAACGACUUGGUCUCAAAUUACAUCUCGUGAUCCCAAUGCAACGACUGAAGAUGGAGACGGAGACGGGGAGAGAGACCAUCCUCUUCGAAAUUAUUGUAUAAUAUGUUACUUAGACCUAUUCGUCGACUCUGUCUCUGUCUCCAACAACACGAACUGGAGCGUCUCAUUGGUUGCUGAUAGUCCUUUCACAUUUUGUCAAUUGUCUCUCUUCACAGUUAACGGCCAUCUCCUCCAGGGAGGUAAGGUUAUGGCAGAAUCAACCACACCCUACACUUAUCAGCAAUUAGUUAACCACACGCCUAUUUCAACAGUCGCCUUCACCACGCGGAAGCUAGAUGGAGUAAAAGAAGGCCAUGUGAUUUGGGACACCGCGGUCAAGAUCAUUGCCCGCAUUGAAGUGGGUACAAGUCUUAAGAAAAAUGGAUUGUUGAGGGUGACGUGCAGUGAUUUGCCGGUAAGGUUUUGGUUGGAUCCAGAACGGAAUAUGAAGGGAUCGUUGGUCGGAAACCGGAAACGUUGCAAUUACUUAUUUAAGAGCAGUUUGGAUCAAUCCCGUUAGCUCCGGGCUAGCUUUUGGUUCGAAUGUUAUGAACGGUGACGGUGGUUAGGAUUGAGAGGAAAAUAUGGGGUGGUCCAAGGAUUAUUAUUAUUAUAUAUAUGUUUUUUAAAAUCAUCUUUUGUUAACUUGCAAUCUCUCUCAAAUAUGAAUUAUCUUAGACCUCGACUCCA